AUGGAUCUUAUCCGAGGAGAAAUAUUGCAAGAGUUAGCACCGGAAUGGCUCGAAGAAUCAAACAACUCGAACACCUCUUUCUGUGGAAAUCCCAUGGAUUUGCAGAGAAUUUAUUUGCAACAACCAUGGACUUGGGGAUUUUUCUAUCGAGGCAUCUACAAACACGACGCUACCAGCCCCUUCAAGCUCACAGGCGCUGCGAUGGCUAGUAACUGUCAUUAUUACUAUAACAUUGAUGAUGUUCCGACUCUAUCUCUGCCUCUUAAUCCCCAAAAGCUCAUCCUAGGUACUCCUAAGUUGAACGACCCCGAUCCAUUAAUCAACUCUCGUGUAUUAUCUCUCCAUGGCAUUUCUAACCUCCUGUGGUGGCUGGGCCAUGAAGACGAUGUUUCUGACCCUCCUCUGGAAUAUCCCCUUGUAAUUCCAAUGCAUGAGAGAUGUUGGACUUUGAUGACCAGUUUAUUGGGUGAGAGCCUUAUCAAAGCGAAUCUUGAUACGUUUUUGAGCGCAAAUUCCGCGACUCACAUCUUUCCAAGGAUAAGCUUGAAUUAUGAUGCAAGCUGGACCGAGGAGGAGAGGGAACAAUCGCACAAAAACGCACGUGUCAGUUGA